GUGAGCAUUACAAACAGGACGCAGAUCUUGCAGUAAGCAUUUGGCAUAAAUCUCUACUACCUGCUUGUGUUGCGAAAUCCGAAUUCUGCGUGUACUGGUCAUAUCUAGUUACGUGGCUCUAAAAGCCCACGAUGUCGAUGCCGGUACAACGAGAAACAGUCUAUCGGUUCUUUUUUUUGGAAAUUUUUAUCCUGAUUCUGCUUCUGAUUUUCAUACCUAUGUCAGUCAUCCGUCCCAGUGAAUCAGGAAGUGUAACCUUCUUACAACCACAUGGAGAUGAAAGGAAGUCAGGCAGACACGCAGACGCGACGGGUGAACAAGAGCAAAACUUCGGCUUCACGGAAACAAGCCAAACAAAGGGGGCUUACGCGGGGCCCAGAUUUCGCGAGAAAACAGACACGCUCUUAAGACAGGUCGAGAAUGACGUGUACUACACCAGGCAAUUCGUUUUGGCGCAGUUCCGACGCUUAAGCAAUCAAACAGCAAGCAAAGUCACUCGGAAAGACUUCGCCAAUGUUAUCAAGGAUGUUAAACAUUAUUUCAGGUACUAUCUCUGAGUGGUUUCCCGGUGUUCAGAUUUGAUCAGAUUUAUGGUGAUCC